GAGGGGAGGUACCAGUUCCCCACACGCCCCUAAACGCUCCGACAGGAAUGGGCGGCCGGAUCUGGCUGCCGUUCCCAAUGCUCUUCCUGGCCGCUCUGCCUGCGGUGCUGCUGCGGGGGGCGGCCAGCUUCAGGCCCUCUUUGGACAGCGACUUCACCUUCACGCUCCCGGCAGGCCAGAAGGAGUGCUUCUACCAGCCUAUGCCGCCCAAGGCCUCGUUGGAGAUCGAGUACCAGGUUUUAGAUGGAGCAGAAUUAGAUAUUGAUUUCCAUCUUGCCUCACCAGAUGGCAAAACCUUAGUUUUUGAGCAAAGAAAAACAGAUGGUGUUCACACCAUAGAGACUGAAGUUGGUGACUACAUGUUCUGCUUUGAUAACACAUUCAGCACCAUUUCUGAGAAGGUAAUUUUUUUUGAAUUGAUCCUGGAUAACAUGGGAGAAGAGGCUCAAGAACAAGAAGACUGGAAAAAAUAUAUUACUGACACAGAUGUGCUGGAGAUGAAACUCGAGGACAUCCUGGAAUCCAUCAACAGCAUCAAGUCCAGACUAAGCAAAAGUGGCCACAUACAAACACUGCUUAGAGCAUUUGAAGCUCGUGAUCGAAACAUACAAGAAAGCAACUUUGAUAGAGUCAACUUCUGGUCUGUGGUUAAUUUGAUGGUCAUGGUAAUGGUGUCAGCUAUUCAGGUUUAUAUGCUGAAAAGUCUAUUUGAAGAUAAGAGGAAAAGUAGAACUUAAAACUCCAAUACAGAUUACCUAACUUUGAAGAAAAAAACAAAAGAGGCAGAACAUUCUAAUACAUUGUUACAGUCAAGAUCAUUACUAGUCUUUUCCAUAACAUUUUCAGAAAAUAAGUGUAAGAUAUGUAAUAUAAGAGGAAAAUCCUUAUUUUAUGUCCAGAUAACUUUAUUGACCCUGUUAUACACUUAAGUGUAUAACAGGGUCAAUAUAUUCUGUUAU